UACUUACCGUGUGUACAUCCGCAGAGGAUAACGACUUCAAAUAUUAGAAGUCUGUCUAAUGAACAACCAGCGUAAUAAGCAAAGAAAGUAUAUUACAUAGAUAUUAUUCUUGUAUCUAUGUGAUUUCUUCUUUUCUGGAGAUUAAUAAUCCGAGGAUAAAACCCUAGAUUUCUCACCUUUUUAUUCAAUCCUCUGCGAGAAUAUUUUAAGGUAUUCGAUACCAAUCCAAAGGCGCUCAAUUUCUUCAUAGAGAUUGGGUCAAUCUGGUUAAAUAAUUUAAUUGGAAGAUCAAAGUGAUGGAGAACAGAGGCCAGAAACGAAUGGAGGUGGUGGAAGAGCUUCCUGCUGAUAAGAGAGCUUGUAACAUACAGGACUUCAGGCCAAGCACAUCUGGAUCAUCUGUUCAGGCACAAGCUACUGGUACGAGUUCAGGACAUGAACACGCUGACGCCGACAUGGACACUUCUUCAACUGCUUCGCAUUCCAGUCGAUCAGAUGACGAACAAGACAAGGAUUCCGACUAUGGAUCCUGCGAUUCUGACGAUGCAGAUCCGAGACAGAGGGUGCUUCAGGAAUACCAGAGGGGGAGAUCAUCUGGGGAUCAAGAGAAAUUGAUUUCUCUCUUGUCCAAGUUGAGAGAAGAAACCGAUCCUUCUUUGCAGCUAACUGUUCUUACAGAGUUAUGUGAAGUGUUGUCCUUUGGUACCGAAGAUUCACUGUCCAGCUCAAUGGCCGACAAGCUCUCGCCGAUGCUUGUUAGGUUAGCUAAGCAUGAGAGCAAUGCAGAUAUCAUGCUGCUCGCGAUCAGGGCGAUCACUUACUUGUGUGAUGUUUAUCCGCCGUCAGUAGCAUUCCUUGUAAGGCAUGAGACUAUUCCUGCUCUCUGCCAAAGACUAUUGACUAUUGAGUACUUGGACGUUGCUGAGCAGUGUUUGCAAGCACUUGAGAAAAUCUCCCGAGAUCAGCCAGUGGCAUGCCUGAAUGCUGGAGCAAUUAUGGCGGUACUUUCUUUUAUCGAUUUCUUCUCAACAAGCAUUCAGAGAGUCGCAAUUUCCACUGUGGUGAAUAUAUGUAGGAAGCUUCCAUCUGAAUCCCCCUGGCUUUUCAUGGAUGCUGUUCCAAUAUUAUGCAACCUUCUUCAAUAUGAGGAUCGACAGUUGGUCGAGAAUGUGGCUAUCUGCUUAACAAAAAUAGCAGAUCAUGUUAGCCAGUCACCUGCAAUGUUGGAUCAACUGUGUGGGCAUGGACUAAUUCAUCAAUCCACGCAUCUUUUGAACUUGAAUAGCCGCACUACCCUAUCUCAACCUGUUUACAACGGCGUGAUUGGAUUGUUAAGAAAACUAUCGUCUGGCUCAACUUUGGCUUUCAAGACGCUAUAUGAGCUUAACAUUGGCUACAGACUAAAAGAAAUUAUGUCCACGUAUGACAUUUCUCAUUCAGUGGCUUCUACACAUCCCAUCAAUGCAUGUUCGAACCAGGUGCAUGAAGUCUUGAAGUUGGUAAUUGAGCUUCUGCCAGCUUCACCUGUAGCGGAUAAUCAACUGGCAUUGGAAAAGGAAAGUUUUCUUGUCAAUCAGCCUGAUCUCUUGCAUCAAUUUGGAGCAGACAUGCUUCCUGUUAUGAUUCAGGUGCUAAACUCUGGAGCUAAUGUAUAUGUUUCUUAUGGCUGCCUAUCAGCAAUUCACAAGCUGACUUGCUUGAGUAAGUCAGACGAUCUUGUCGAGUUACUGAAGAGUGCUAACAUUUCAAGUGUUUUGGCGGGCAUUUUGUCGAGGAAAGAUCCUCAUGUGGUCGUUGUAGCGCUACAGAUUGCUGAAGUAUUUCUUGAGAAAUACAGAGAUGCUUUUUUGAAUCCAUUUAUAAAGGAAGGUGUUUUUUUCGCAAUUGAAGCACUCUUAAAUUCGGAUAGGGGGCAACGAAAUCAAGUAUCUGGUGUCAUUCAAGGAUCAGCUGACCUUCCACAAAAGCCUGUUACAAAAGAGAUUGUGAAAUGCUUGUGCCAGUCAUUUGAAAGAUCGCUUCCCUCGUCUUCACAAACUUGUAAGGUUGAGAAUGAUUCUGUCUACAUUCUCGCGACACGUAUCAAGGAGAGUUUCUUUGGACCUGAGGUAUUCGACUCUGAAAAAGGCUUGACAGAUGUCCUCCAAAACCUCAAGAACUUGUCGGUGGCACUUAGCGAUUUGAUGACUGUGCCUAUUGAUGCGCAUGAGAAGUUCUUCUCAAUAUGGAAUCAAAUCAUGGAAAGGCUCAACGGAAGGGAAUCUGUAUCCACUUUUGAAUUUACAGAGAGUGGAGUAGUAAAGGCUCUGGCAAAUUAUCUGUCUAAUGGACUCUAUCAAAGGAAACUUAGCAAAGGCGAUCCCGAAUAUGAUAGUUUACUAUAUGUUGGUAAGAGAUUUGAAGUGUUCACAAAAUCACUUUGGUCUGGUGGCGAGGCAUCUUCAUACGUGUUAGUACAGAAGCUCCAAAAUUCCUUAUCUUCUUUAGAAAACUUCCCAAUUGUCCUAAGCCAAAUUUUAAAGCAAAGGAACACAUACGCGGCUGUUCCGAAUGGCAGUGACAUAAGUCAUCCAUGCCUAAGAGUUCGUUUUAUUAAAGCAGAGGGGGAGACUUGUUUGCGUGAUUACUCCCAAGACUUUGUCACCGUUGACCCACUUUGUUACUUGGAUGCUGUCGAUCAAUUCAUGUGGCCUAAAGUGAAUCUGGUACCUUUAGACUCCGUCGAAGCAAAGAAUCAUGCUAUAGAGUGUCAAUCUUCUCAGUUACAGUCAACGUCGAUAUCUUGUCAAGGAGAAAGCUCAAGUCAUAUGGAGAUUGACAGUCCUGAUGCACCUCAGUUGCAGGGAUCUCAAGAGGAAGACCAGGAGCAACUUCCAGAUCUAUGUAAUGGUUCAGGAGAAGAGAAUGCUUCCUCGUCUGAAAAAGAGGAUGCGCGGCCUAGACUUUUGUUCCGUCUGGAAGGGCGUGAACUAGACCGCUCUUUGACAGUUUACCAAGCAAUUCUCUUGCACAAACUAAAAUCAGAAACUGAGACUACCAACGGUGCAAAGAUGAGUGGACCCCACAACAUUACUUAUGAAAGGGCUCCACAGCAACUUGCAGAUUCUCAUGAUAAUCCUCUCGGAUCUAUUGACACUGAUGAGUAUCACCCGUUCUUAUCCUACUUGUUUGCUCAUAGACUUGCUAUGCCCCUCAACGGGUCAAGUCUUCCUGCGUAUGACGUAUUAUUUCUGCUUAAGAGUCUGGAGGGCAUGAACAGAUUUCUCUUCCACCUGAUUUGUCAUGAAAGGAUUAAUGCUUUUGCUGAAGGUAGGCUGGAGAAUUUGGAUGAUCUGAAGGUACAUGUUUGUCCUGUGCCACAUUCUGAAUUUGUUAGCAGUAAGCUUACGGAGAAGCUAGAGCAGCAGCUGCGUGAUUCUUUUGCUGUCUCAACCUGCGGUCUUCCACCAUGGUUUACUGAUCUAAUGGGUUCAUGCCCAUUUCUGUUUAGUUUUGAAGUCAAAUCAAAAUACUUCCGACUUGCAGCAUUCGGUUCACAGAAAGUCCAUCACAAUCCUCAACACCUUAGCAGUUCAAAUGUUCAUGGUGAAGGGCGCCCAGUAACUGGUAGUGCACCUCGUAAAAAGUUCUUAGCUUGCCGUGAAAAAAUUCUGGAGUCUGCUGCAAAAAUGAUGGAGUUAUACGGCAACCAGAAGGUGGUGAUUGAGGUUGAAUACAGUGAAGAAGUCGGAACCGGUCUUGGGCCAACGCUGGAGUUUUAUACACUUGUCAGUCGAGCAUUUCAAAAUACCGAUCUUGGUAUGUGGAGGAGUGAUCGUAAUUCCUUUGUUGGAAAAUCAAGCGAAGACUCGGGAGCUUUGGUGUCUGCUUCAGGACUCUUUCCACGCCCUUGGUCGGGUGCAUCAACUGCUUUCCCAGGUGUGCUGCAGAAAUUUGUCCUCUUGGGGACAGUGGUAGCAAAGGCUCUACAAGAUCGACGAGUCUUAGAUCUUCCUUUCUCCAAAGCCUUCUACAAACUAAUUCUCGGACAGGAGUUGAGUUUGUUUGACAUCCACUUCGUUGACCCUGAACUUUGUAAAACACUGGUGGAAUUGCAAGCUCUGGCUCGUAGGAGAAAGAUUUUCGCAGAAGCACAAAGUGAUUCCGGAGAAGCCAAGUGUAAUUUAAGUUUCCGUGGAACGAAGAUUGAGGACCUUUGUCUUGAAUUUUCCCUGCCUGGCUACACGGACUAUGCUCUCGCUCCGCAUUCGGUUAAUGAUAUGGUAAAUUUGGAUAACCUUGAUGAAUAUAUCAAGGCUAUUGUCAAUGCCACAGUGUGUAACGGGAUCCAAAAACAACUGGAAGCUUUUCGGUCUGGAUUUAACAAAGUUUUCCCUAUUGAGCAUCUUGGGAUAUUCAAUGAAGAAGAACUGGAAACUAUGUUAUGUGGAGAACGCGAUCUCUUUAAUGUAGGUAAACCUUCAGGUUCUACGGUUUUGGGUACCGUUUUUCGUCAGCUGAAAACCAAAGUUGUUCCUUUGCAGAUGAAUGAAGUCUUGGAUCACAUCAAGUUUGAUCAUGGAUAUACUUCUAGCAGCCCACCAGUUGAAAAUUUGUUGGAGAUUCUGCAUGAGUUUGACAAGGAGCAACAGCGAGCUUUUCUGCAGUUUGUAACAGGAUGCCCUCGGUUACCUCCUGGCGGCUUGGCGUCUCUCAAUCCCAAACUUACAAUUGUCCGCAAGCACGGUAGCGAUUCUUCAGAAACGGACCUGCCUAGUGUGAUGACAUGCGCCAAUUAUCUGAAGCUUCCUCCUUACUCUUCCAAAGUGACAUCUCUCUUCAUCUUUUCUCUGGUUUUUUCUGUGUACACCAAGCCAGCUCUCAGGCUCGAUCUCACAUGUGCUUAUUUUCUUGAAAAGAUGAAGGAGAAGCUGAUCUAUGCCAUAACUGAAGGUCAAGGUUCCUUCCAUCUCUCUUAAAUUAGUUUCUUGUAAAAAAAUCAGGAGAAGCAGUAGGAGAUGUGCGUGGAUUAACAAGAGGGAAGCUGCUCCUUCGCAUGGCUUUUUAUUUAAGUUUUCGUUUUUUUUUUAGGAUUUUGUACAAAAGAUUAGUAAUCAGUAGAAGUAGAACGAUAAAAAAAGAAACUCUCUUUUGGAUUUGCUGGAAAAAAAGUUGUACAUAAAAUAAUUCACCUCAAACGUGAUCCCUAAUAUUAUUGUAUAUUAAAUGAUUUUUUGGUUUUGUUUCACUUUGACAAUAGAAAACAAAUAAACAAGCAAAGUGAUGUAUGUUUCACAA